AUGAAACGCUUGAUGGAUUUCGACGCGUCGACCAUUCCACCCUGUCAAGCAGAGCUUCGUCAGCAUUUGUCACGAAGUAGAUACAUAGGUCAUAUGUGGCGACAUGCACAUCUGAAACACCCGUUACAAAUAUUACCCUGUAGUCCAACUGAAAGCGGCUGGAAGUUGGAGGGAAAUGAAUUAGUAUUUAAUUGGUUUGAUGGUCCAGCAUUACCUACAGGAGUUAUCAGCGAUAUUGUUAUAGAUCGUGAAGAUAGUGAUGAAGACGAUGAUGAGGAAAUUUCCAAUACGGACGUCAAAUACGAAUUCGAUACGAGUGAGGAUGAUGGCAGCGACAAUGAAGACCUUGGCGUAGAAGAAACUACCUUACUCCGUGAAACUCUUAUAAAUCUCGAAGCAGCUAAUAAAUAUUCUACAGCAAAUAUUAAACUUGAAGAACGGUAUAAAACUUAUAGGUCCAUUAACAACUUUUUCAUGUAG